AUGACCGUCCCAUCAUACGACGACGACGACGACGAUGGUUCAGAAGUAGGAGACGGAGUCCGACUUGGGCUCGAACUCGGGCUCGGGCUCGAGCUCGUCUUCAAGCUCAUACUCAUACUCGGCAUAAGCUGCGGUGGCGGCGGCGGAGUCGUCACAUUCAACGCAGCUGUUGAAGACAUUGGCAUCGUCAUACUCCUAUUGAGACUUGUAGUGUCUGUAACAGCCAUAAUGGACGUCGUAUCCAUAGGCAAAGUCGACGGGGGCCCAGCCAUCGUUGUCCCAGGCGCAACCAACGCUGAAGCAGUCACUGUGCGCGUAUGCAUCAUGACAGACUGCACUGUGGCGUUCAACGACACCGUCACGGUCACUGUCGCGGUCACAGCCUUCGUACACAGCGCAGUCUGCGUGGUUUGGGUCGUCGUGUUCGCGGUUGCAGUGAUAGGCAAGACCGAAAACUCCAGCGACAGGGACGACAAGACCUGCGGAUCUGUAAUCUUCGGCAGCGCUCCUAGGUCGCUCACACUGCUUGCGGACGACUGGUUCCGCGCGCUUGAAGGCAAUUCGACGACGACCGUGGUGUUCAUGUACGCUGUCUGCGUACGCGUUGCGGUGAUCCAAACCGAGCUCGUGAGCGAUGGAAAGGAGACCACCCCUGAGGAGCCAUUGGAAGAAGGGGGCACGAGGUCCGAAGGCAAAGAAUCUUGCAUGGUUGUUGCUACUGUUGCCUUUACGAUAUCUGAUGAAGAUGUCGGCAGAAGAGGCCUGUCUGUUGUUGAAUUUGAGAUCGGUAACUCUUGCGUUCUUCCCGUGGAUACAGGAUUUGGAGCCGAGAAUGUAGCUUGCGAAGUAAAAGAAGCCACGCGAGUUGACCAUGUACUUGUGGCCUCAAACGACAUCAUAACAGUAUCGUAA